AUGUAUACAAUUAUAUCACAACAUAACAUUUUUAAUAAUGAAGGGUCCUUGUUAAAUUCAAAAAAUGGUAUUUGGGAAAAGUUAUCGAAGGAAUUUGGUGGAAAGAUCGCUCCAAAAAGUUUAUAUAUACAUAUGUCGAAAGAUAGAAAUGGCUUACAAACUAAGUUGAAAUCAUUAUUGUUUGGAAUCGAGAUCAGUGAAAACAAAAAACAUCAUAAUAUUAAUGUCGAAUCAGAUUCAUCUUUAUCAAAUAGUUCAUUUCAAUUAAAAUAUAAUGAAGAAUUUAAAAUAACAAUUCCAUAUGACACAUACAGAAAAAUACGACCUGAAACAAAAGUCUAUAAAGAUGGUGCUAAAUAUAGAAACUAUAGUGUUUUAAAAUCACAUGAAUGGUCUGAUGUCAUAAAUGAUGAACUAUUAAAAACACACAAACUUCCGUGUAACUUUAUAUAUAAAAGGGUUAAAGUGCAUACCGACACAAGCCGAAGUAAUCACUUCAUUGAUUUUAAAGCUCAAUGUAAGGAUCACUGUUGUGGCAAUGACUUGGUUGGAUGGAGUGAUACAAAACCUAACGAAGGUGAACCUUUACAUAUCACUGUUUUAACUGUAAACACUAAAGGACAAGAACACCAGCAUACAACAAAAAGGCCUUUAAAAGGUAUAAAACGAAAAAAUGUUGGUCUGGAACUUGAAAAUAAUUUGGCUUGUAAUUGGAGAAGAGAUAAUGUAAAAGAUAUGGCAUUUGGUAGCUAUUCUCCCCCAAAUUUAUAUAGGCUGCCUACUUUAAGAAAAUUAAAACAGGAAAUGCGAAACGAGAAGUUAGGUAUCUCGAAAACAUGCCCUAUCCAGUCUCUCUCAGAAUUUAAACAUUCGUCUAGGUAUGCAGGAUCCAUUCAUUCGAUUGGAUUCGAUCCUUUUUUUGUGCAUUAUUGGAGUACUCAUCAAAUAGCCUUAUAUAAAGAUUUAACUAAAAGUUAUUGUAAAAUUUCGAUAGAUGCAACUGGGAGUUUGGUAAAAAAACUUAAAAGAACAUCAUUAAAUUUGCUAUCUUCAAAUAUUUUUUUAUAUGAAGCUGUUGCCAGUAGUGAUUUUGGACACAUAGCAGUUACACAGAUGAUCUCCGAAAAUCAUGACACUUUGUCUAUUUUAAACUGGCUAAAGCAAUGGAUGAAAAAUGGUCUUCGUGCACCUGAUGAAGUUGUUUGUGACUAUUCAAGAGCUCUCUUGAGUGCAAUUACAAGAGCUUUUUGUGGAAUAAGUGUAGAAUCUUAUGUUAAUAAUUGUUUUCAAAUACUUAAAAACAUUGACAAUACAACUUUAGUUACAUAUGUUCGAUUGGAUGUUGCACAUAUGAUAAAAAUAUUUUGCCGAAUUAAAUGUUUGACGGGAUUAAAGAAUAAAAGUCUAAAAGAAUUUUAUGUUCGAGGUUUUCGAUUGCUUAUGUAUUCGGGUGAUUUAUCGAACUUUGAGACCCUCCUUGAAGCUCUUUUAACGGUAAUGAUGAGUGAAACAGAUGGUUGGUCCGGUGAUAGCAUUACAGAAUCAGAAAGAUCUAGAGAGUAUAUUUUAAAUCUUAUUAAAGGUUAUACUGAUAAUUAUAUUGCUACCGAAGAAUACAACGAAGAUAAUAAUGAGAGCGAUAAUUAUGCCGAUAUUGAUACCAGUGAUGAAAACACGGAAAAUUCAAUUUCAAAGUUUUUAAAUAUGAUACAAAUAAGAAGCCAAAACAAUUCUAAUAUUCGAGGCAACCGUAUAUCUGCGUACUAUUUGCCAGAGUUAGUCACUCAUGUUAUAAGAAUAUGCAAACAUUUUCCAUUAUGGACAAAUGUAAUGUGUUCCGUUUUCAACACACCAUAUAAUGUAGCAUCGUCGGCACCAAUUGAAAACGAUUUUAAGCAACUUAAAACACAAAUUUUAAAAUUCGAAGUGAAACCCAUGAAGGCAGAUAAAUUUGUUAUUACUCAUCUUCAGAGUAUUGAAAGUAAUGCCAAAUUAUUUAAAAGUGCGGAACUACGAAAUAAAACAAAACAACUACAGAUAGAUGAACAGUUGAAAUCACCAACAUCAAUUCAAACAUCAGAACCAGAAGUUAUUGACGCACCAGAAAUUGCGUUUAUAUCACAAUUGAAAUACACAUCAGAUUCACCCCACACUCCAUUGUCAUUUCACACACCAGAUUCGUCUCAUAUACAAGAUUUAGACUGCAAUGCAAGCUGA